CAGGGGGUGGUUAUGGGGCCGGGGGGGGUCACUUGUGGGCAGAGCUGAGUUGUGGGGCGCAGAUGAACCUGGAGCGCGUCUCCAAUGAGGACAAGCUGGAGCUGUGCCGCAAGUACUACCUGGGGGGCUUUGCGCUCCUGCCCUUCCUGUGGCUCGUGAACGUGCUCUGGUUCUUCCGCGAGGCCUUUGUGGUGCCCCCCUAUGGGGAGCAGGCGCUCAUCCGGCGCUGUGAGUGCCUGUGGGGGAUAUAG